GCUGCCGAGCAAGGGCAAGGGCGUUCCUACUGAUACCGGCCCGCCGAUGUCUGCCCCAAUCCCCGGUACUGCACCUGUCUACCAGUCUGUCCAGGGAUCGCGGUCGCAGCAGACCGUUGUGCUGGCCAUGCCGCCACGGGGAUCCCCAGCCUUUGGUAAUCGCCGGGGCCGCCCAGUUAGCGUAAUCCUGGAGGAAUCUUCGGACUCCCAGUAGACCCUACGCCAGAAUUUUUCUCCCCUGUAAAUUAACUUUUGUCUUAGCACCCCUUUUCGCAUUUUGCCAAUUAAUUGUUUUUGUACACAUUCAGACGCGCUCCAAUUUACAAGGAAAACAAAAGGCUCCGUAUGUUCAGACUCUUCCCGCGCCUCGCCGCCCGCCCAGCCGCCGCCGCCCUGCGGCAGCCAGCACAACACCACCGCACACACCCGAUCCGCCACCUAACCACGAAAAAAACCAUCGAACUGGUGCACCAGCGGCAGCAAGCCCAGGACGACACCCACACGGAGCUCUUGGACGAAGGCGACCGCACCGGAUCUGUCGCCAGCGAAAUCGAGCGCCUCGAUCCGCGCUCCAUCCCGGGUCUCUACCCGGACCUCGCCGACGACUCUCCCGCCGACGACUCCUGGUACAUCGACCCGGCGUACUCCGCGCCGCUCUGGCAAAAGCGCAUGCAAAAGCGCGAUCCGGCCGAAUUCGCCAACGGCACUCUGUUCGAGCUCUGCAAGGGCGUUUUGCAGCAGGACGCCGAGGUCUCCGAGAUUGAUGUUGCGGGCAGGUGCGAUUGGACUGGCAGGUUUUUGGUUGCCGAGGCCAAGGGCACGAGGCAUAUGCAUGCGAUGGUCGAAGAAUUGGUGACCGCGAUCAAGCAGAGGAAUCGCAGUAAGGGCGUCGACGCUGUCAUCAAUGUCGAUGGCCGCGAGAGCGACGACUGGGUUGUGGUUGAUCUGGGCAACUUUGUUGUUCAUGUCAUGACCCCCGAGGCGAGGAAACUGUAUGACUUGGAGGGCCUGUGGACGGCUGAACCGGCGCAAGAUGAGGAUGUGCCGGAGAAAUAAAGCAAGGUUUUGAAGGCAUGUUGUUUUUAAUACCAACUAGUGGAUAGACAUGUAAAGAUGCCGUUGAAUGGAGUGAGAUUGCUCGACCAGGAAUGCCCAUGUCAGGGUUGCG